AUGAGCUUGUUUGGUGACUAUGAUGAAUUGAGUGAAGAAUUUCUUUUUGGUCCACGUGAACCACCCCAUGCAAGAUGGCAAAACAAUACCUUUGAGAAGGAUCUUUCACAAUUUAAUGUCGUGCAAUGGAUGGAACAUUUUUGGAAUGAUGAUGAUGAUCACGAGUUCAAUGAUGAUGAAAUUCCGAACAAGUAUCAAAAUGUUUGUGGAAAAGUAAAGAGCUGGAUUCGAGAGGAUCUUGUACAAGCAGCGAUGAAUCAAGUAGAGCUCAAUGAUCCUACACCAACUGAUCUUGUUCUUCUUCUUACAUUGAUUCGUUCUCAUUUGAAUUUGGAUCUCAUCUUUUAUAUGAUUGAAUUUAUUCCAACUUGGUCGAAAUGGAAAAAGUUUAAAGCUGAGGCUAUUCAUCAACGAAUCAUUCAACUUCCAUCUGGAAUUGUGAAAAGACAUGCCAAAUUUGAAAGUUAUUGGGAUUUACCAUUUGUGACCUUUCACAAAAUGAGACUUUUAAGAGCUUUAACGUGA